AUGGCGAAAGAUCUAGAGACAGAGAAGGACAAAACCGAACUGAUACUCCGAGAUAUGCUGCCGGCGUCGAUUGUCAAUCAGCUCAUGAACGACGAGCCCAUUGAAGCUCGUGAAUACGAUCAAGCAACAGUUAUGUUUGCCGAUGUGCCGAACUUCCAAGCGAUGCUACCACACAGUCAACCGAAAGAUAUCGUGCAGAUGCUCAACGAUCUCUUCCAUCGAUUCGAUCGAUUAGUGGCUAUGCACCAGGUCUACAAAGUGGAGACCGUCGGUGACAGCUACAUGACCGUUGGCGGAAUGCUCUGGGAAGCGCGAUCAGUGCCUGAACCAGUUAGUAAAAAGCCACUGCAAGUACGAAUCGGAAUCCAUUCUGGGCCUCUUGUGGCCGGCGUUGUUGCCGUGCGAAUGCCCAGAUUCCUUCAGGUACUGCCUAUUCGGCGACACUGUCAGUACGGCGUCAUUAAUGGAACUGAAUGGCCUAAGCUGGAAAGAUCCAUUGCAGCGAUAAGACGCACAAAAUUGCUACUGCUACCGGACGAUUUGAAUUUGUCAACCGGGGAAACAUGUAUAUCAAGGGGAAGGGAGAAGUGGAAACCUAUUUCCUACUCAAAAGUACAAAGAAGAGCGUAUGGGAAAUCAUCGACCGAGAGCGAGAUGUCAACAAGAAUUCCAUUGACGGCUAUGAAGAACUCGAGGACGGGCAUGGCUUACUCCGAAACACGGCAGCUUAUUAUACAACCAUUAGACAGUGUUUCGUCUAAAACUUGCACAAUAGCAUAA